AUGGCUCCUAAACUGUACCAAGCUGUAAUAAAAGGUGACGCAGCGUCCAUGAAGGAAUUAGCAGGCCCCGAUUCAACACUUCUUUUCCAGCUUACACCAAACGGAGACAGCAUUCUUCAUGUUGCAGCCAAAUACAACGUUAACCAAAUCGCUCUAGAGAUCCUUAAAUUUCUGUCAUCGGGGCUAUUCGUCAAUCAAAAGAACUCAAAACACGACACCCCACUGCAUAUUGCAGCAUGGAUGGGGAGUUUGAAAACAUGCAAAGUCCUCGUACACUUUGCGAAUAGCUUGAGUUGCAAAAUCGAGGCAGCAGAGAAGCUGAUAAGGAUGGUGAAUUCCAACAAGGAUACUGCACUUCAUGAUGCCGUGAGAAAUGGUUAUCAUCAGGUUGCGGAAUUGUUGAUCAGAGAAGAUCCAGAGUUAACUCUUUUAACAAAUGAUGUUGGCGAGUCCCCACUCUUUAUUGCUCUGGAUAAACGGCAUCUUCAAAUUGCACUACAUAUCUUGGAUGUUGCUCCAGAUUUCUCCACUGACGGUAGGAAUGGUACUAAUAUCUUACAUGUAGCUGCUAUUCGGUCAAAGCAUGAAGUUUUUACAAUAGUUGACUAUCUCUGGGAGCUUAUGAGUUAUCAGAAUAUAAUGACCGAUUCGUCUUUUAAAUACGGGCUCAAGUCAGUUUGCGCUCAAAUCUGCGCUAUCCGUCGAAUAUGGGCUGCCGGCCAUAAUCUAGGUUACAAGAAUGAGAGCGGAUGGACUCCUCUGCACUAUGCAGUACACUUUGGUUCUGUGGACAUUUUCGAGCUGUUUUCCGAGUAUAUAUAUAAAGGAAAUGGUUCGGCUGCUCAUGUUAGAGAUGGAGAAGGCAGGUCUGUCAUUCACAUUGCUGCAAGAGAAGGUGAAGUAGUCAUAUUGGAAAGGCUUUCAAAUCUCGUUCCGGAGAUUUGGGAUUUACAAGAUAAUAAAGGCCGAACAACUCUUCACCUUGCUGUUGCUACUAAAAUGCUUGGUUCUGUCAGGUUCAUUCUUCGAAACCGUCUUUCUCACAGCGGACUUAUAAACCUGCAAGAUAAUGAAGGUAACACUGCUUUGCACCUUUCCGUGAUCCAAGGAUAUUGUGAAGACAUCUUCGAAUUUUUGAUCAAAGACAUCUUCCAAUUCCACGGUUACGACUUCAAGGUAUUACCUGAAUUUUCGAGUCCUACUCGAGGUUAUGAGAUCAGCUCGAUUACACCCUUACCACAGAAGCUCUUUUCAUAA